CAUAGAAAGAGUCAAGAGUUUGCCGCAGUUGGGUGACAACGGUCUACGGUACGGUACAAGUUUCUUUUUUUUGUUUUUGGCGUUGGCGGUGGAAAAGAGAAGAGCAACAGAAACGCAUUAUUUUGACCGCGAAAAAAUCAUCUGUCAAGUGAAAUUUUUGCAUUGUUGCAAUGGUGGAAACGGCGACAACAACAACCAUAACGCGAACAACAACUAAUCUGCCGGCACCAGCUGCGGUUCCAGUGACUCCAAGUGGCACAGGAACACCCACAGCUUCAGCUGCUGCAAAUACAUCCACAACAACGGCCACACCCACAACGGCUGCCCAGGCGGCAGCCCGGGCCCGUCGCAAUGAUGAAACAACACGAGCCAUAUUCAAUUUUAAAAUUAUUGUAUUCUUAGUGCUAUUGCCACUUGUGCUCUUUGCUGUGUUUUUAAAGCAUCUGUUGGAUUACCUCUUUGCUUUGGGCCUUAAGGAGAAGGAUGUGAGCGGGAAAGUGGCAUUGGUAACCGGUGGUGGCAGUGGAUUGGGUCGAGAAAUCUGCCUUGAAUUGGCCAAACGCGGCUGUAAACUGGCUGUGGUUGAUGUCAACUCCAAGGGCUGCUAUGAGACAGUCGAGCUGCUUUCCAAAAUACCGCGAUGUGUGGCCAAGGCUUAUAAGAACGAUGUCUCCUCGCCACGGGAACUACAAUUGAUGGCCGCCAAAGUGGAAAAGGAGCUGGGUCCCGUCGAUAUAUUGGUCAAUAAUGCCUCGCUUAUGCCCAUGACAUCGACGCCUUCAUUGAAAAGCGAUGAGAUUGAUACUAUUCUGCAACUAAAUCUCGGAUCAUAUAUUAUGACCACAAAGGAGUUUCUGCCAAAGAUGAUAACACGCAAAUCAGGUCAUUUAGUGGCCGUAAAUGCUUUGGCAGGACUUGUGCCCUUGCCUGGCGCUGGCAUAUAUACGGCCACAAAAUAUGGCAUUAUGGGCUUCAUGGCGGCCUUGCGGGCUGAGCUGCGUCUCUCGGAUUGCGACUAUGUACGGACGACAGUGGCCAAUGCCUAUUUGAUGCGAACCAGUGGCGAUUUGCCACUGCUAAGUGAUGCUGGUAUAUCGAGCAGUUAUCCUGGUCUACCCACUCCCUAUGUGGCGGAGAAAAUUGUCAAGGGAGUUCUGUUAAAUGAACGCAUGGUCUAUGUGCCCAGAAUCUUUGCCCUCAGUGCUUGGCUGCUCAAAUUAUUACCAACCAAAUGGCAGGAUUAUAUGCUUUUGCGUUUCUAUAAAUUCGAUGUGCGCAGCUCGCAUCUCUUCUACUGGAAAUAGUCAAUUGUAUUGAAUAUAGUCACAGUUUUUGGCAUUUUGUUUUCUAUUUGCAGUUCUUAAUUUUAAUUGUAUUUAUACAGUAUACAUAUAUAUUUGUAUUUUUGCCUAGCAGCUAGGUCUUAGCAUUAGCUAUUUAUGAAUUCCAAUCGCAAAACUUAAAGUAAAUCCAUUUUCUUUAGCACUAGUUUCUUUAAUUAAAGACAAGCUUUUUCACUUUA